CUCCACUGCGUCGAUGCUUUAAAGCGGCGACGAGGCGGCUGGAAGAGGUGAGAGCGUCCCACCAAAAUGUCACAGCCACAAGCACGUAUGGCGCCGCCCACGAUCCCGUUCGAGCGGCCAGAGUUCGAGACGCGGCCGUCGGAAAAGACCGACAUCGAGGCCGGCGAGGUCAAGGAGCCCGUCGUCGCGGACAACGCUAGCAGCAUCGAGCAGGGCGCCGGGGUCACCAAGAUCGAGAGUCUUUACCUCGUGUUCGGGAAGGGAUGGAAGCUCUGGCUGCUCUGGGGCUCGAUCGCUCUCGUGUGCUACGUCUACACCCUCAGCAACAGCACGACCUACACUUACGCAUCCUUCGCCACCUCGUCCUACUCUGAGCACACCAUCAUCGGCACGAUUUCCGUUGUGACGGGCAUCAUGGCUGGCGUUUCGCAGCCAUUCAUCGCCAAGAUGGCCGACCUCCUCUCGCGUCCCUUCGCCCUCUCUCUCGCUGUCUUCUUCUACACUCUUGGCUUCAUCCUCGUCGCGUCCUCCCGCACCGUCCAGGCCGUUGUCGCCGGCCAGGUUAUCUACACCCUCGGCACCUCCGGCAUUACCCAGGUGACGGGCAUCCUCAUCGCCGACAUCACGAGUCUUCAGUGGCGUGGCGCCGUCAUCGGCGCCUACUCGCUGCCGUGGGUCCUCAACGCCUUCGUCGCAGGCUACAUCACCGAGGGCAUCAGCGCCUUCUCCAACGACGGCUGGCGCUGGGGCUACGGCAUGUUCUGCAUCCUCGUGCCCGUGUGCAUCGCGCCGUCCCUCGUUGUCCUCUUCUGGGGCCACCACCGCGCGAAGAAGCUCGGGGCCCUCUCCCUCGCCUCGUCCAGCUACGCCCGCGAGGCUGUCCUCAAGGGCACUGAGCGCCGCUCCCUCCUCGAGAACGUCAAGUACUACUGGAGCCAGAUCGACGCGUUCGGCCUCCUCCUCAUCGGCUUCGCCUUCGUCUGCCUCCUCGCCCCGGCUACGCUCAGCACCACCGCCAAGGGCGGGUACACCAACCCCUCCCUCAUCGCGAUGUACUGUGUCGGCGGUGUGCUCGCCAUCGCGUUCAUGGUUUGGGAGUUCCGCUUCGCCGCACACCCCAUCAUGCCCCGCCGCGUCAUGAACCGCACCUUCCUGUGCUGCAUCGCCAUCGACUUCCUCUACUAUUUCACCGGCUACCUCACUGACACAUACUACCUCUCGUGGGUGUACAUCAUCAAGCCGGGAUGGAGUGCGCGCGACUACACAUACUUCUCGAACAUCUUGACUGUGGGCCUGUGCGGCUUCGCAGUCCUCUCGGGCCUGAUCCAGCGCUACACGCACCGCUACAAGAUGCUGCAAAUCGCGGGUCUUGUCAUCCGCGUCAUCGCUGAGGGCAUCAACUUCCUCGCGGUCAACGGCAACCAGAGCGACGCGGUGCUCAUCGUCUCGCGCGUCCUCGUCUCCAUCGGCGGCGCCAUCACCGUAACUUCGACGCUGGUCGCGACACAGGGCUCGGUCCCGCACGCGGACAUGGCGCUCGCCGUCGCCAUCCUCAACCUCUGCACGCAGCUCGGCGGCUCCAUCGCCUCGGCCAUCUCCGGCGCCGUUUGGAACAAGCAGGUGCCCAUGCGCCUCGAGCGCUACCUCGGCGACAUAUACAACGAGACGCAGCGUGCCGAGAUCUUCGGCAGCAUCCUCGUCGCGCGCGCCACCGAGCCCCACGACCUCAUUGUGCGCGCGUACACCGAGUCGCUGUACGGCCUCUUCCUCGCCGCCCUCGUCGUCUGCUUCCUCGCCCUCGUUGCCGGAUGCCUCACCGUCGACUUCUACCUCGGCAAGGCGCACAACACCAUCGAGCCGCACAAGGAAAUUGUGCUGCGUAGCAAGGAGGAGACCGCGGACGAGGUGAUUGCCGCGCGUGCCCGCGAGGCCGAGGAGAGGGCCCGCAGGCAGGUCCAGGGGGCCAACUAGAUAGCCUACUAGAGCAUUAUAAUAUACAAACCCAUGCCACUCUCAUUGCG